UGAUGAUGUCACGGCGCAUCAUGGCGGCGGCGGCGGCUCCGAGAAGGUGAAGUUCUGGGGACUGGGUGGAUUCAUCGCAGUGGCCUGUGAAAGUGAGAAAUGCCCGGAUCCUUCCCUUCUUUUCCAGGCCAGCAGAGUUCAUGAUGUCAGCCUUGUGAAAACAAUCCACCUCUCGAAAACUUCUCCUUCUCUGUAUCAGUUACAUUGGUGGACGGUCCUGUGGAUCCUUUUUUUCUCUUUUCCUGCUAGAAGUUGCUCUGCAUAAAAUUGGCGCAAUGUCCCUGAUCUUCUCUCACUCCAACCCCAUCGUUUCAAUCAAGAAGGACAAAAGACACAUGGCUGAGGUGAAUGCGUCUCCACUCAAGCACUUUGUCACCGCCAAGAAGAAGAUCAAUGGCAUUUUUGAACAGCUGGGGGCGUAUAUUCAGGAGAGCGCCACCUUUCUAGAGGAUACUCACAGAAAUGUCGAGCUUGAUCCGGUCACCACUGAGGAGCAGGUGCUGGAGGUCAAAGCCUACCUGUCCAAAGUGAAGGGCAUCAGUGAGGUCUUGGCCCGGCGGCACAUGAAGGUGGCCUUUUUUGGCAGGACAAGCAAUGGAAAAAGCACCGUGAUCAAUGCCAUGCUCUGGGACAAAGUUCUCCCCUCUGGGAUUGGCCACACCACCAACUGUUUUCUCCGGGUGGAGGGGACAGACGGCCAAGAGGCCUUCCUGCUCACCGAGGGCUCUGAGGAGAAGAAGAGCGUCAAGACAGUAAACCAGCUGGCCCACGCCCUUCACCAGGAUGAGCUCCUCAAUGCUGGCAGCCUGGUGAGCGUGAUGUGGCCCAACUCCAAGUGUUCUCUUCUGAAAGAUGACUUGGUACUGAUGGACAGUCCUGGGAUUGACGUCACUACAGAACUGGACAGCUGGAUCGACAAGUUCUGUCUCGAUGCAGACGUGUUUGUGUUGGUGGCCAACUCAGAGUCCACCCUGAUGCAGACGGAGAAGCAGUUCUUCCACAAGGUGAGCGAACGCCUUUCUCGCCCCAACAUCUUCAUCCUCAACAAUCGCUGGGAUGCUUCUGCCUCAGAGCCAGAGUACAUGGAAGAGGUCCGGAGGCAGCACAUGGAGCGCUGUACCAGCUUCCUGGUGGAUGAACUGGGCGUGGUGGAUCGGGCCCAAGCCGGGGACCGCAUCUUCUUUGUGUCUGCCAAGGAGGUGGUCAAUGCUAGGAUCCAGAAGGCUCAGGGGAUGCCAGAAGGAGGAGGUGCCCUGGCCGAAGGCUUUCAAGUGAGAAUGUUUGAGUUUCAGAACUUUGAGCGGAGGUUUGAGGAGUGCAUAUCGCAGUCGGCCGUGAAGACCAAGUUUGAGCAGCACACCGUGCGGGCCAAGCAGAUGGUGGAGGACGCACGCCUCAUCAUGGAUUCUCUGCACGUAGCGGCGCAGGAGCAGCGAGUUUACUGCCAGGAAACACGAGAAGAGAGACAGGAGAGGCUAGGAUUCAUUGACAAGCAAUUAGAACUCCUAACUCAAGACUACAGAGUUCGAAUUAAGCAGAUCACGGAGGAGGUGGAAAGACAGGUGUCUAAUGCAAUGGCUGAAGAGAUCAGGCGCCUCUCCGUGCUGGUAGAUGAAUACCAAAUGGACUUUCACCCCUCUCCAGUGGUUCUCAAGGUUUAUAAGAAUGAGUUACAUCGCCACAUUGAGGAAGGGCUGGGCCGCAACCUGUCUGACCGCUGCUCCAAUGCCAUCACUGGGUCCCUGAAGACCAUGCAGCAGGACAUGAUAGAUGGCUUGCGACCCCUCCUUCCCGUAGCUCUGCGGGGUCAGAUAGACAUGCUGGUGCCACGACAGUGCUUCUCACUUAGUUACGACCUGAACUGUGACAAGCUCUGUGCUGACUUUCAGGAAGACAUUGAGUUCCACUUUUCUCUUGGCUGGACUAUGCUUGUGAAUAGGUUUCUGGGACCAAAGAACAGCCGGCGGGCCUUGAUGGGCUAUAACGACCAGAUUCAGCGUCCCAUACCUUUAACUCCAGCAAACCCUAGCAUGCCUCCCUUGCCUCAGAACUCUCUCUCCCAGGAAGAGCUCAUGGUUUCAAUGGUCACUGGCCUGGCUUCCCUGACCUCCAGAACCUCCAUGGGAAUCCUCGUUGUUGGAGGAGUGGUCUGGAAGGCGGUGGGCUGGAGGCUGAUCGCCCUUUCUUUGGGGCUCUAUGGCCUCCUCUACGUCUACGAGCGCGUGACGUGGACCACCCGAGCCAAGGAGAGGGCCUUCAAGCGCCAGUUUGUGGAGUACGCCAGCGAGAAGCUGCAGCUCAUCAUCAGCUACACUGGCUCCAACUGCAGCCACCAGGUCCAACAGGAGCUGUCUGGGACCUUCGCUCACCUGUGUCAGCAAGUGGACGUGACUAGGGAGACUCUGGAGCAGGAGAUUGCUGUCCUGAAUAAAAAGAUCGAGGUUCUCGACUCAUUGCAGAGCAAAGCCAAGCUCCUCAGGAAUAAGGCAGGUUGGCUGGACAGUGAACUCAACAUGUUCACCCAUCAGUACUUGCAGCCGAGCAGAUAGUGCGGAAAUCUGGGAGCUCCAGGAGGUGUGAAGAGUGGUCGUCGGGGCCCAGACUGAGGCAGAACAGUGGGAGAGGCCUCAGGCCAAGACACAAGCCAAUUCCUGUGGGCAGCAGCCACGUAAAUGAUAGCACCCCAAUUUCUGAUAGGGCAUUGAACCUUUAAAUGCUAGUUAUUUAUUACCCUUCCUUUGCCUGCUGUUGAGAUUAGGUGGUUUGCAGGAGGAAUGUCUGUCUCCAUAUGCUUAAGGGAGAAUUUUUCUUGUAAAGAUAACUGCAGACGGUACUGAGGUUUCUUUAAAUUUUGUUAUUUCUAAACUUUUAUCAAGUUCUAAUUGAUUCAGUCUUUUGCUUGUUUGGUAAAUGACUUGUUACAAUGAUUCUUUUGAUCUCAGAGUCAGCCAAAGCCCACAUUAAGAGUAUUGGAGGAAGGUAGUGAUCAAGCCAAGCCCCCCUCUUCCCCUCCUCUCCUCCCUCCCUCCCUCCUGCCCUCGGUGGCAUUCGCAUUAGCCUGUGUAGACCACGGUCGUCUGCUCUUCUUCAGCUGAAAUACAACAGUAGAGAACAGUCACUCUUUCUGCCCCUCAGAUACAAAUGUUCAUUUGAAAUAGCUACAGAGAAGUCGAGAGUCGUAGCCAGACCAGCCCAGGGAGAAGUCUUCCUUGGGUUCAUUGGGCUUGGUCAGUUUGAAUCCUCUUUCCCCUUGCAGACAGCGCUUUGUUAGCAGUAUUUGACACACACAAUGGCCAGGCUAGGGACGCUUAGCCAACCGAGAGCUGUUUGGGACUUGAAGAAUUGCUGCAAAUGGAAACGUAGGUGAUGAAAAUCGCUUAGAGAGAACAGUUAGCAGACCGUUGGUAUGUGAGGAAUGAAGAGCAUGAAAGUGGCAUUCACUUUCUGCCAGUUCUCUUCCCCCAGGUGUGUCUGGUUCAAGUUGUGCAGUGCAUCUAUGUGAGGUCUCACUUUCUGAAAGAUACGUAGGUUUGAAGAAAGGAAGGAAGAUAAGGCAGAAACGGCUUGGGAAUUGAGAGGAGACAUGGGCAGCAAGCAUAGACUGGGGUGCCUUCCUGCAGGGCCUCUUAGAGCACGGUGAAAGACCGGCCUUCAUUUGUGCUUGAAGUCGGCCUCUUAACUGCCCAGCUUAGAUUUGCCAGCCUUUGCAUCUUCCCCCUGAGAUGAAAUCACUAGUUUCAAACAGCCUGCCUGCAUGUCUGUCUAAGAGUCUGUUCCACGUCACUGCAGCUGGUCUGGCUCAGCAUUCAGUGCCAGUGACUCCUUGGAAUCAUUUGACAGAAUUUGGAAAAACCCAAACCUCCCCUGUCCAUCUCCCAUCAUCCAUCCCCAUAAAUUUUAGUCUGAGACACAUCUUGGCCAAGUAAGUGCACUGAAGACUGUUUUCCUGUCAUUAAGUUUUGGGAUGACUUCUCAUUGGAGGUGGAUGAACCCCUGCCCUUGGAAUGUUGGCUUUUUCUCUGGUCCCAAGCAAAGCCUGAGAAAAGCAGCAUCUCUCCUGCACAAUCUUGAAGUUGGAGAGCAGGACAGUGACUUUGCUGGUGACUGACUGCCCAUGGGGAGAUGGGAUUGCUCCAAAGAAGAUAGCUUGCCUGGAGGCAGGGACCCCCUUCCUUCCCUUGAGAACUCCGCAUCCUCACUCCAGGUGGCCAUUAAGCAGACUUUCUCCCUCCUUGUUUCUGCAUCUGGCUGUCAUCGCGUCAUCCUAAGCUUAGCUAUUCGUGUGUCUUGUGCAAAAUAUGUGCUAGUCUCCAUUCACAACCCAGUAAGCAGGCAGGAAUGUUGGAAAGCAAUCUGAGUACAGACUGACCCCACCGUAGCUAAGGUCCCACUUCUGAGUCUUCAGUGUUUGGUGACUGAGCUGUAGCCACGGUAGGGGUGAAGGGAACUCCCCAAGACAGUGCUGUUGGGCAGGGACUUGGAUGGCCUACCUGUCCCCAGAUCCCAGUGGCAUAGAAACAGAAGGGCGUAUAGUAAGGUCUUGCUGACAUAGGAAAAUGGUGAGAGGAUGUUUUUAAUGUUUUGCCAGGAUUGACCGGUGGUAGCCUCAAAGGUUGAUUUAAAAUCACUGUAACAAAGCACAGUUGCCAAUGAAUUUUGUCGUAUUUGUGGGGGUUUUUUUUAAUCUAAAUUUUAAAAAGAAAACAUCUCUUAAUGUCUUGAAUGUAAGUGGGGAGCAAUAGGAAUUUUGAGGUUUUUUUGUGAUAAAUGGGUAAAAUUUAAUUUGUGACAAUGAGGAAAGACCCUUUACUAAAAGAAGUUUGGCAAAAUGCACUUUAUUUUAUUGCUGCUAACUUUUUUCCCUUUUUUGUGUUGUUGGAUUACCAAAAGCUAAGCUUGAUAACGAGUUCUCUCUCUGUUGUAUUUAAGAUGAUAGAUUUUCCUGAAUUAGCCCUAUAUCAUUGCCGAGAAUAUUGGAAACUGAAAUAAAAAGCUGUUAGGAAACGCUUUGGGCUUGCAUUUCAUGUGUUUAAAGUCAUGAAACCUUGAGAAUUGCUCUGAUUAGAAGGAUAGCUGAGCACACAAACUAUCCCAGCAUGUAUUGAAGGCAAAAGUUCUUAAUAAAAUGUGCCUGGUGGAGGCCCAGGCAUUCUA